CCAUCCGCUGUUUGCCUCUGCUGCUUGCUAGUUAUGUAACUUUAAAUAUUUAUUCGGGCUGUUUCGGUGUGUUUUGGUCGCCGCUGGAGAUGGAUCACUUUCUCCUGUGAGAGGCUGCUGCUGCUGCUGCUGCUGCCGCUGCUCUCCUGCCUGCCUUCGUCCGGCUAUGGCGACCCUGUAUAGCGGAUCCCAUACCUUGAGCAAGGAUGAUGUGAACUACAGAAUGCAUUUCCGAAUGAUAAACGAGCAGCAGGUUGAGGAUAUCACCAUAGAGUUUUUCUACCGGCCGCACACGAUCACGCUGCUGACAUGCACGGUGCUCAGUCUCAUGUAUUUCGCGUUUACAAGAGAUGAUGGAAACCAUGACAGUAACGUCUGGGUGGGGCUCAUUCUGGUCAUCUCCUUCUUCCUUGUCAUCAGUGUUCUGGCAUUUCCUAACGGUCCCUUCACCAGACCGCAUCCAGCAAUAUGGCGAAUCGUUUUUGGCCUCAGUGUCCUCUACUUCCUGUUCCUGGUUUUCAUCAUCUUCCUCAACUGGCAGCAGGUGAAGCAGCUCAUGUACUGGUUGGAUCCAAAUCUGCGCUACGCCAAGAGAGAGGCAGACAUAAUGGAAUAUGCUGUGAACUGCCAUGUCAUCACCUGGGAGAGAAUCCUGAGCCAUUUUGACAUUUUUGCGUUCAGCCAUUUCUGGGGCUGGGGCAUGAAGGCCCUUCUCAUUCGAAGCUACGGCCUGUGUUGGACCAUCAGUAUUACCUGGGAGCUUACUGAGCUUUUCUUCAUGCAUCUGUUGCCUAACUUUGCUGAGUGCUGGUGGGACCAAGUGAUUCUGGAUAUUCUGCUGUGUAAUGGAGGGGGAAUCUGGCUUGGCAUGACUGUCUGCCGCUUUUUGGAGAUGAGGACCUACCACUGGGCCAGUAUUAAGGACAUCCACACCACCACGGGGAAGAUCAAGCGAGCCGUGCUGCAGUUCACCCCUGCGAGCUGGACUUAUGUGCGCUGGCUUGACCCGAAGUCUUCCCUGCAGCGGGUCAUGGGCGUCUAUCUGUUCAUGAUCAUCUGGCAGCUAACAGAGUUGAACACAUUCUUCCUUAAACACAUUUUCAUCUUUCCCGCGAGCCACGCUCUGAGCUGGUGUCGAAUCCUGUUCGUCGGUAUCAUCACGGCUCCAACUGUAAGGCAGUAUUAUGCGUACCUUACAGACACGCAGUGCAAGAGAGUUGGGACCCAGUGCUGGGUGUUUGGGGCAAUAGCCUUUCUGGAGGCCUUGGCAUGUAUUAAGUUUGGACAGGACUUGUUCUCAAAAACACAGAUCCUCUAUGUGAUCCUCUGGCUCUUGUGUUUGGCCUUCAUUACAUUCCUGUGUCUGUAUGGAAUGGUUUGGUAUGCAGAGACAUAUGGUCCAAGGGAAAAGAGCUUCUCAGAAUGCGAGGACAGUAAUUACGCCGAGUCUCCUGACCAAAUGUUUGAGGGAUUUACAGGGGAGAUGGAUGCGGACGGCGACAGCCCCACAACCAGACGAAGAGGGAAGGGCUCCGGAAAGAGCAAAUCCAUUAACGGCCUCGACAGCCAGUAAGGAAUCGGAGCCGGAGGCCGCUGGGUGGCUCCUGAACGCACUCCGAAGUGUGAAGGAUUACAGGUUGAGAAGGAAGGUGGGGGUGAAAGAUAAAGAAACAACCACUUCCGGCUGUAAAUGAAGUCUAGAAAGCCCCCCUGCAGCAGGGGGGGGAGGGGGGAGGCAGACGGCAGAGACUUAGGUGGAUGAACGUGUCCAUGCAGUGUUAUUAGGCGCGCAGCGGCUCAGGCUGCAGAGAUGCACAACUAAAAACUGUGCUGUGGUUGUAAAAAAAGAAAAAGAAAAAAAGAAAACCACUGAUCACAGGUUUCUUUGUGUGUGAAAGAGAGUAAAGGAAGAGUGGUAGUUUGAGUGAGUGUGUGUCUGGCAAUACAAACUGCCUAUUCUAGGUGUGACUGCAUGAUCAUUGUAGCCGAAAAAACUAUAAUUUACAAACAUUUAUCCUAUGAUACAGUAUCAUUAUUGAUGUACAGUUUUAACUCCAGUAUGUUGGUUCGACACAUUUCAAUGUUAAAAGCCAUGAUGUAGAAUUUAUCACUUUGAUUGGAGCCUCUGUGUUUAUAAGCACAGAAAAGUCUUUUUUUUUGUUUGUUUUUUUAAAAAAAAAUCUAUAAUUAUCUGUCACUGAUUGUCUAGUUACAUCCUAGAUGUUCACUGUUUGGUGUUUUUAACUUGAAUGUGGGCAUGACUUCGAUGCAGUACAGCUUUAGCUCGAUAGAACCAUUGACUGAGGUUUUGUGUUUGACCUGUAACACAGCAAAGCACACAGUUGAAGCACUUUGCAGAAUGUUUUUUUUUUUUUCUUCCUUGAAAAUACUGUACAUUUUUUUGUAAUGUUGGAGUUUUUUGUGAAUCAUCGUGACCUUGAGUGAUUUUACUCUCCCCUGUCCACCUGUGGCUGCUAUUAUUAUUAUUUUUUUUAUUUUUACUGUACUAAGAGAGGGCAAUUAUUCAGACUCCUGCAUGUGUCGUCAGGUUCUCCCUGGUCCGUGUGUGCAGGUGGCUUUCUUUUACCGUUUCUCGUUGUUGCAUUUGCAUGGCCGUGUCAAAUCAAACGUUUUAGUAGGAAAAUGUGAGAAAAAAAAAAAAGAGUAGACAAAAGAAUAUUCUUCGUAUUACACCACACAGCAGGACACCAGUAUUGUUUGUCUUUCACUGUCAGAGUAACAUUUUUAAUUCACCCCUUGUGCCUGUUUGCAUGUUCUUUUUUUUUAAUUCUCAGUUUGUAAUGAGACUAAAUUUGGGCGCUUUUUGUUUUUUUUGUGUGUUGAUUCUUUUGGCCUCGAGUGCUUUAUUGAUGGUUUAUUUUCAUUUGCUCCGCCGGCAUCAUCUCAGUACAAAUAUAUCCCUCAUAAUCCUUGACAAUCCAGAAGUCGACCUCUGCGGAAAAGGACCAGGCUCCCGUGCUACAUCACACACUAUAAAUGGUACAUUGUCUCCGGAUUUAGAUGUCAUUUGCCAAAAAAAAAACAACAACAACAACAAUUCAGCUGAAAACGACUUGUGCUGUUCUUUUUCACUGUGAAUUAAGGAAACAUAUUAAAAAUGUUUUACAUUUCCUCUUA